UUUCAGAGAAGAGAAGGGAAGAGGAGAGAAGAGAAACGGAAGGUAGGAGGAACUGCCGUGGUGAAGUCAAGAAUGUCUGCCAACGAUAUUAGUGAUAGUAAGGCUGAGAUAGUUACAGUUGACAUUGGAAACUCGAACAAUUGUAAUACUAUUAGACAGAAUUUAUGGGAUGCUGAAAGUGAAGGCGAAAUGGUGGAUGUUAGGUUGGAUGAAAGACGCAUAACAUCAACCGCUGAUGAUUUUUCCUGUAGCAGUAUCCUAAAAGAAGCCGUAGAUGUUGAAUCUAUUAAAGGAAAAAUUGCUGAUGCCCGUGAUCAAGAUGAUAAUUCUGUGAACGAAGAGCAGAUUGAACAGGUUGUGCAAAAUUUCGAAAAACAAGUUAAUUUGAUUAAGAAUAAAGUGGGAAGUAAUACCGUAGUAAUUCAUUCGGUAGAUGAAUUGCCCGACGAGACAUUUCAAAGGUUGCAACAGGGUCUACAGGAUGGAACUCUUACACACAAAGAAAUUGUUGAUUCGAUAUUCAAUGCACUUGUUGGUGGAGCAUUCGAUAUUGAAUCAAAAUUUAUCAUCGAAAAUCCUAAAAAUAUUAUUCUUUUGCUGCGUUUGUUAGAUGCAGCUCCAUCUCAUUUAGAGGCAGAAAUAUGGAGCGUAUUUAUUGGCGUUGUCAGGAAAAGUACUCGUAAUUUGCAAGCUUGUUCAAGGGUUGGCCUUAUCUUAGAGAUUCUGGAUCGGUUAUCAAAUAGCGAUGCAAUUGUCUCGGAUUUAUUGGUGCAACUUCUUGGAGUGCUCACAACUUAUAGUAUUACUGUUAAGGAAACCAAAAGAUUUCUCAGUGCUUUGAAGGCAGUAAAUAGAAAAUGGCGUAAGAACUCAAUCAAACUUUUGGAUGUUUUGGGAGAAAUGCCAAAGCGCGAUGGUGCGGAUGUUUUCUUUUCGUUCCCUGGUGUGCAUAGUGCAGGUAUUGCAUUACCUCCACUGACCAAGUGGCCUUAUCAAAAUGGCUGGAGUUUUUGUACGUGGUUGAAAAUGGACCCUUUAAAUAGCGUCAAUUUCGAAAAGGAGCGUCCAUACAUCUAUUGUUUUCGAACUACAAAAGGAGUUGGCUACAACUGUUAUAUUAUGGGAAGUUGCUUAGUUAUCAGUUGUAUUAAAGUCGUAGGUAAGGAAACAGCACGGUGUAUACGAUUUGAAUUGACACCUAGAAGGUGGCACCAUGUUACUAUCUCACAUAUUUAUUCUCGUUGGUCGAAGAGUGAAAUUCAGUGUUUCGUGGAUGGCCAAAUGAUUGAAUCUUUCGACGUGUCUUGGUUUGUUUCAACUACUGAACAUUUUGAUAAAUGUAGUAUUGGCUGCGGACCUGAUGGAGAAGAACCAUUCUGUGGUCAGAUAGCAGCUUUGUAUGUAUUUUCGGAAGCCUUAAGUGCCCAACAAGCUAAUGCAAUCUUCUGUUUGGGACCAUCGUAUCAGAGUCGUUUUCUGCACGAAGCCGAGACUGACCUCGCUGAUGACUACAAAAAGUUUUUAUUUGAUGGAAAGCUCAGUGCUUCCGUUGUGAUAGCGUAUUCACCAAAAAAUUGUGAUGGGCAGUUGUGCUUACAUUCAGCGUCUAAAACAGGUUCUCCGUACUUUGUGCAGAUCCCGCAUGCCAUUAUGAAAGAGGGCGUCGAAGUGGUGAAAACUUAUUCAAUCCACAACUCGUUACAUUCCUUAGGUGGUAUACAGAUGCUUUUGCCUCUGUUUUCACAAGUAGACUUUCCUCAGUAUGAUGGAAGUGUUCGGAAAAUCGAUGUUUGCUCGAAAUUACUAUCAGCUGUAUCUCUCCUGCUAAGGACUGCUUCAAGUGCUCCUCAGCAACUCUAUCAUAGCAGAGCAUUUCUCGUCAUUUCUCAAGCCCUAUAUGAGUCGUCGCCUUCAAAUCUUACUCAACAUGUAUUGGAUAUUUUAAUUGAUAUUUCAAAAUACCUAUUAACACUUCCUUCGGGAAUACCGCUGUUGAAACAUCUUUUCGAUUAUAUUCUUUUCAAUCCUGAACUUUGGAGUAGAGCUGAUCCUACGAUACAAAUUCAAUUAUAUUACUUUUUGGCAAGCGAAUUUUUGAUGAACGUCAAUUUGACACUGAUUGUGCAACGUUGUGCUACUGUAGUUGAGGUGCUUCAUGCUAUCAAGCUAUACUACUGGGUUGUUCUGCCACGUUCACCAUCACUGUACAACGUGAUUAACCGCGAAGGAGGGCUAUCCCGAAAUGAGGUUGUAACUAUACGCGCACAUAUGUUAACUUUCGUUUCUCGGUUAAUCUGUAUGCCAGAUCCCAAAGAAAGUGGCACUAUGAAUCGAGACGGUGAAUUCAAUGCAUUAUUAAAUUUUAUCGCCACCGUAAACGAAGAUGAUAAUCUGUAUGAUGUAUUGGCCCUUACAACACGAUUACUUUCUGAAAAACCGGCAGCAAUGGUACCGGCAUUCGAUCGAAAGAAAGGCCUUGCAGUUGUGUUCAAACUGAUCAACUCUGUCAAUGAACUUGUUCGUAUACCGGCUUUGAAGAUAUUUGGUUAUUUCUUGUGUCGCUCAACUCUCAAACGAAAGACGGAUUCAGUGAGCAGUCUCAAUUUAUUGUCCCUUAUAACUGACCGGUUAUUGUUAAACGCUAGUCAUCUUACUUUGGCAACAUACAACGUGCUAUUUGAAAUACUUACCGAGCAAAUGACGCCAACACUUAAUUAUUUGGUUCAUGCAUCAAUCAGCAACGUAAUGAGAUUUGAAAACCCUGCAAUGUUAAAAGUUAUUACCAAUCUGAUAACACAAAGUGAGAAUAAUUCGGAACUAAUGAAGGUGAAGCGAAUUUUCUUGGAAGAUUUGCUGCAUAUGUGUGAAAAUUCACGAGAUAAUCGGCGUACGAUUUUGCAAAUGAGCGUAUGGCAAGAAUGGCUUAUUUCAUUGGCUUACAUUUUUCCCAAAAAUGACGAUGAAGUAGCAAUCAGCGAACUUGUUUAUCGCAUCUUUGCACAGCUUCUCUUUCACGCUAUUUAUUUAGAAUAUGGAGGUUGGAGAGUUUGGGUCGAUACUCUCGCUAUUGCUCACUCAAAGGUAUCAUGGGAACGUCACCAGAUAAAAUUUCAAAGGGGUGGUGAACGCGAAACGGAUGUUAUAUUCUAUUUAGUUCAAAAUCUUGUUUCAUGUGUGGCUCGUACAAUAGACGGGCUUGUGGAUGAAGUGGAAAGAAAAGAUGAAUCGAAAAUAUCAGCUGAUCAACCAAGUUCCAUCUACCGUACCCCGGAGUUUUGCUGGUCGGAUGUGCACUUGAGACUGCUCGAUGAUUUGCUUGUUUCAAUCGAAAGUACUGUAGAAGAGUGGAAGAAAGGCACUUCAACAAUACUGGAUGUUGUGAAUAGCAAUGAAAAUAGCGUAUUUGUUGCUAACUGUGUUCAUAUUUUAUCCCAGCUCAUCGAUUUGUUGGUAAUGGCUUGUGGUGGUCUACUUCCUCUUCUGGCUGCUGCUACAUCUCCUAAUAGCGAAUUGGAAAUAAUGGAUUCAACAAAUGAAGCACUGGCUAUAGGUAGUGCCGCUCGUUUGCUGGCACGUUUUGUCGUUUUGGCCGAUGUUUUUGUUUUUGCAUCUGGAAUAAGUUUCAGUGAUCUUGAACAAGAAAAGAAUAUGCCUAAUGGUGGCAUAUUACGGCAAAUAUUACGUCUUGUGUCAACGAUGGCUGUACGGAAUAUACUUGCUUGUCGUGUAAAAACUUCCUUUGGCAAAAUGGUAUGUAUGAAUGCCAAGCAAGUAACACGUGCUCAGCAGAUCGCUGAAUUUGUUUCGGACGCACUGGACGUAGGAGGCAAAGGAGGAAUUAUGGAUCCGGAACAUUUGGUGCAGGAGGUUGAUUUACAACGGUUAAGAGGGGUAAUCUAUCGUGAUAUGGAAGAAAAUCGGCAGGCGCAGUUCCUGGCUCUUGCGGUCACUUACUUCUUAUCAGUGCUGAUGGUAUCUCGAUACAGAGAUAUUUUAGAACCACCAUCUACUCCUAGUCCUUUUUUUGAUACAACUAUAACUGGCGGCACAAACAAAGAUUAUAGUAGUGCUUUGAGGCAAGAAUCAGGCGAAGAAUGUGUUGAAGAGAAUGGCGAGUUGUCUGAUCACGGUGAUAGCAAUAUGGAUAAAAAUGUUUUUGUCAGGGAGGAUUCGUCAGUAUCACUACAGGAAAGCAAGAAGAAAGAGCCGCAGAGUAAUGUCUAUCGGCAGGAUCACCUGAAUACAUUUAAUGAUAGCAGUCUUGCUAAUCGCGAGUUAGAAACGGGUGAACGACGAGCUUACCUCACAAUCAAGUUGCAACAAGCCUUGGAAACGACAGCUCCACUACUGCGGGAAAUACUCAUCGACUUCCAUUCAUAUCUUCAGAAAACACUGUUAGGAACUCACGGUCAGGAAAUUAUGAAUGACACCAAAGUGAUGGAAACAAUGAAAAACCAGGCAGGAUCAGUAAUCGAACUGGUUAUGCUAUUAUGUUCACAAGAGUGGCAGACCUCUUUACAGAAGCAUGCUGGAUUGGCUUUCAUUGAACUUGUAAACGAAGGUCGUUUAAUGGCACACGCAACACGAGAUCAUAUCCUGCGCGUUGCCAAUGAAGCUGAUUUCAUACUAAAUCGUCUACGGGCUGAGGAUAUCAGCAAGCAUGCUCAAUUUGAAAGUGAUGCAGCUGAACAGAUUCAUCGACGUCGAAAAGAGGAACAAAUAAAUGAUCAUUUGAUUACGGCUAAUCGCCGCAGAGAUCUGCUUGUAUCAGCACGUUUGCUGGAUAGAUUAACGUCACUAUUGUCGUACCCGGGCGGUGCGUGGAAUGAUUCAGACCAACAUUUAAAGACUUUCUGGAAAUUGGAUGUUUGGGAAGACGAUUCAAGACGACGUAAACGUUUCAUACUGAAUCCUUAUGGCUGCCAUCAUUCAGCAGCGUGCCUUAAAACUAUAUUAGAAAGCAAGUCAUCUAAUAAAGAGAUUGAUAAAGCUCGUGAAGAUCUGCUGCGUGAUUUAGUAGCACAACGUCUGGUUUCGUUAGGAUCGUUGAAACCUGGUUCUGCUUUAGGUGAGCUUGUCGAUGAAAGUGAUUUCGAAAAAUGGGCCACUGAACCUGAUGCUGCAAUCGAUUUGCAAAGAGAGAAAACAACUUAUGGUACUGCAGCGAAGUUGAUUGCGCCAGGCAUUGUUGUACCGGGAACCCUUUCUAUAACGAAUUAUGAAGUGUUUUUUGAUGCUGACGAGGAUGAUCCACUGUACAAAGAGCAAGAUCCUAAGAUUUUAUUGUACUGUGAUAAUUUGCAUGGACGAUGGCAUUUUCACGAGAUACGCGCUAUUUUUUUGCGCCGUUACUUACUCAAAAAUAUCGCACUGGAACUAUUCCUCGCUUCAAGAACUGCUAUUAUGUUUGCAUUUGUGGAUGAAAAUACAGUGCGAAAAGUGGUAGAUUGUUUGCCACGAGUUGGUGUUGGUGCUAAAUAUGGUUUACCACAGAGUCGUAAAACAAGUCUAAUGACUCCACGACAGCUUUUCAAGCAUUCUGAUAUGCCACAGAAAUGGCAACGACGAGAAAUUUCGAAUUUUGAUUACUUGAUGUUCCUAAAUACCGUCGCUGGUCGAACCUACAACGAUUUGAAUCAAUAUCCAAUUUUCCCCUGGGUUUUGGCUAAUUAUACAUCGCCAACGUUGGAUCUUAACAUCGCAUCCAACUUUCGUGACUUAUCGAAGCCAAUUGGGGCACUGAGCGAGAAUCGGCGUAAAUUUUUCCAGGAUCGUUAUAGCUCAUGGGAACACGAGACUAUUCCUCCUUUUCAUUAUGGAACACAUUAUUCGACACAAGCAUUCACUCUGAAUUGGUUAUUCAGAGUUGAGCCAUUUACGACAAUAUUCCUGCACAUGCAAAGUGGUAAAUUCGAUCAUUCAAACCGUCUAUUUCAUAGCAUAGCUGAGUCAUGGGAAAGUUGUCAGCGUGACUCACAUGAUGUCAAGGAAUCAAUACCGGAACUGUAUUACAUGCCAGAAAUGUUGCUAAAUACGAAUGGAUAUGACUUAGGGAAACGUGAUGACGGAUCCGCUGUUGGUGAUAUCGUUUUACCACCAUGGGCAAAAAGUGCUGAGCAUUUUAUUACUUUGCAUCGACAAGCACUUGAAUCGGAUCUUGUCUCAUGCCAGUUGAAUCAGUGGAUCGAUCUUAUUUUUGGUUACAAGCAAAAAGGACCUGAAGCGGUUCGUGCUACAAAUGUCUUUUAUUACUUGACAUAUGAGGGAGCACUGGACUUAAAUUCGGUUGAUAAUGCGGCCAUGCGUGAAGGUCUCGAGCAGCAGAUGAUAUCUUUUGGGCAAACUCCUGCUCAGCUGAUGACCGAACCUCAUCCACCUCGUCAUUCCAUUAUGACUAUCAGUCCGAUGAUGUUCCAGUCCUGUCGAGAUGAUUUAUGCAUGUUGAUGAAAUUUAUAUCAAAUAGUUCAGUGGUUCAUAUUAGUGCGAACACAUUUGCGCAACUGACACAUCCUACGGUUGUUUCGAUAACAAAUAAUUUAAUCUUCGCACUGAAUCGUUGGAAUACGAAUUAUGCAGGACCAUCAGUUCCUUCCAUUUCAAAUGCCAUUGGUAAUCAGAAUAACGAAAAUAACCCGGAUUCGAUGGGUAAUACGAUUGCAAAUCUACCUUUAACAGUUGAUCCACUUUUGGCUGCAGGUAAUCCAUCCCAACCACUGCCUCGUCGACAUUUGGGUGAACCAUUCGAUCAACGUCUAAAAAUUCGGUGGAAUAAUUUUGUGACAGCUGUUGAAAGUCGUUCGAUAAUAGCAUGCGGUUAUCCGGACUACAGCUUUCGUGUUAUUGACACAGACACCGCAAAAGUGCGGCAGGUAAUUUAUGGACAUUGUGACGUGGUUACGUGUUUAGCGCGUUCUGAAACUAACCUUUUCGCUGAUUGCUAUAUUGUUUCUGGUAGUUUGGAUUGUACGGUGGUACUAUGGCACUGGAACGCACAAACACAAUCAAUUGCUGGGGAGUAUAACGUUGUAGGCGAACCAGCAACACCUCGUGCGAUACUGACCGGUCAUGAAACUAUUGUCAUGAUGAUUUGUGUAUCAGCUGAACAUGGUAUUGUCAUUUCUGCAUCUCAAGACGGAACUGUUCUCAUCCAUACUACGACGGGUGAUUUAUUAAGACGGCUGGAAUCCGAAAAUUCGCAUUGUUUUCCAGAUAAGGAAGUGAAUUUGUUGUUAGUGUCAAGAGAGUGUAUAUUGCUGGUGUUGCAUGGACAUGACAAUUUAGUUACAUAUACUACAAGUGGACGAGAAUUAAGUUGUUUGAGAGUUCCCGAAAAGAUUUUAUGUGGAACAUUAUCACGUGAUGGGGAAUACGUUGUUGUUGGAACGAUGGAUGGCCGUGUUGCAGUCUUACGACUUUUUCCUAUGCAAUUAUUGUAUACAUUCCAGCAAACAGACAGCGCAGUUCGAAGUAUAGCUUUGUCUUCCAAUCAACGAUUUGUAUUGGCAGGGCUUGAUUCCGGUGCUAUUAUUGUUUUCAAUAUUGAUUUCAAUAAAUGGCAUUAUGAGUAUCACCAUCGUUAUUCAGUACGAUGAUUGGAAUCAGGAAUUUUCAUCAUUUCACUGCUUUUUACUCCAUAUCAGUUUGACCCGUAUAUUCCUUGAGGUUCUUUUUGCGGCACUGACUAGAUUUCUUCAUACUAAUUUAAUCUCUACAUGGGAAAUAAAUUAUUGGUUAAUUAUUUUAUCAUUGAUUAUGUCAUCACAGUUAACUGUUUCAGUUUGAUAUUGUGAUAUGUUGUUAAGAAAUUGUGGUUUACUUUUGGCUUGGUUUGGUUUAUUUGGUGAUUCUUUCAUUUUUCUUUCAUUCCUAUUGAUGACUGAUAACGCCGAAUUGAAUGUGAUGGCAAACAUGCACAACGAUAUACAUACACAUAUACAUAUACACAUACACACACACACACACACACACACAC